AUGAGCUUCCCACCGCCCAAUUCCGGUCAAUAUCCGCAAUAUAUUCCUCCACCGCAGUAUCAGCCUGGCCACGUCGCCCCGCCGCAGUUCCCAUACAAUCAUGUCGCGGCUCCUUCGCCGUCGCCCUACGGCUACGGUAAACCGGCAGGCUAUCCACAGGGGAUGAUGCAGCAACAACAGCAACAGCAGGUCUGGAAUCAAUAUGGCCAUCACUUUACGCAGCCGAUGUCUCCACAAGCGCAGCACCACCAGCAGCAACAACAACAACAACAGCCAACCCUCCAGCCUGCAGCCCUCAUCCACCCCCAACACCUCGCGCAACCCCAACAUCCGGCUUUCUCUCAAGCACAGCAGAUUUCGAUGUCGCAAAUGCAACAGCCUUCCAUCUCUCAACCCCGACAAUCUCCCAUAGUCCAGCCGCAUCAAUCGCCCCUUCAUCAGACACAACAGCCAUCUCCCCGCAUGCAGAUGCAGCAACAGUCCCCCCGAGUCCAGAUACAGCCGCAGCAAUCCCCUAGACCCCAGUUGCAGCAGUUGCAGCAAUCCCCGCGGCCACAAUUUCAACAGCAGUCUCCGCAGCCUCGUGUUCAGCAGCAGUCUCCUCGGCCACAGUAUCAGCAACAGCCGUCUCCUCGUCCGCAAUUUCAACAGCAGUCUCCGCUCGUUCAGAUGCAACAGCAUGCUCCUCUGGUUCCGUCGCAACAGCAAUCGCCUCGACUGCAGGUGCUGCAGCCCUCUCCUCGACCGCAACUGAAGCCGCAGCAGUCUCCACAACUUCAGAUGCAACAGCAUCAACAGUUGCAGCACCAGCAGUCGCAGCCAGCUUCGCAACCUCAGAUGCAACAGCAUCAGAAUCAACAGCAUCAGCAGCAACCUCAACACCAGCAGUCGCAAAACCAGCAACCGCAGCACCAGAAGCCACAACCAGCUCCACAACCUCAGAUGCAGCAGCAGCCACAAUAUCAACAGCCGCAAUACCAGCAACAACCAUCCCCAGUCUCCAAACCUCAGGCGAUCCCACAUCAACCUCGGCCACCGCCUAUGCCCCCGGCGCCCCCUCCAUCAUUGCCCCCAGAGUUGCCCCAGCAUCAAUUCAUUAACCCGGCUGAGCUGUUUGUGCAACCGCCACUUCCUACCGCCCCUCGGUCACGAUAUGGCUCCUUAUCUCAAUAUAUCGACCCGAGCGAGUUGUCGACCUCGCUUGAGUUACCUCCGAUGCCGUCCAUUGCUUCCUCAACACCGCCACCAGCUGAAUCCAAAGCUCCUCAACCUUCGCAAAUCCCGGACCCGAAAGUCAAACCUGGUAGUCCUCAGCCAAAGAAGGACGAUAUUCCCAUGCAAUUGGAUGCAAAGCAGUCAGAUACACAGAUAAAGCCUCCACCUGCGCCGAAGCCGGUCGUCAAGUCGGAAUCUGCAAAAUCUAAGCCGGCACCAAAGAAGGAGCCAAAGAAGGACGCGAAGAAGGAACCAAAAAAAGAAGUGAAGCAAGCCGCAGCUACACCCAAAAAAGAGCCCAAACAACCUGCGGCCACACCAAAAGUAGCCCCUCCAAAGGCAACCCCGCCAAACCUAGCACCGUCAAAAGUAGCACUAUCACAAACAGCCCCGCCAAAAGUAACUCCACCAGACGCAGCACCAGCUCCAACAAAAGUGGCAACACCAAUACAACCCCAGCCAACUUCUUCGCCCACACAGCAUGCCGUUCCGCAAGUCAUGAUUCCAGCACCGUCCCAAGAUUUUCGCUCCAGCAGUCCAAAACCUAUUCAGAAGAAACCACAGCCAAAGAAGCAACUGCCAAGCCAGCAGACCACUGACAGAAUUACAAAACCGACUAAACCUCCGGUGGACUACCAAGUUUUGCUACUCUCACUGGCGGAUGAAUACUUGAACGCUGCGCAUCGUCAUGGGACUAAAACGGCCCUAGUUACCAGCCAGGCAGAUGUUGAGGAGUACUACAAGCUAGUCUCAACGGGGCUUGGAUGCUUGGAGGCAGUUUUGAAGAACUGGCGGUUACAACCUCGCAAGGAAGCCCUCGUUCGACUCCGUUAUGCUCGGACGUUGUUCGAGGAAACUGACAAUGACCUCGAAGCCGAAACUGCUUUAAGCAAGGGUAUUGAUCUUUGUGAACGGAACCGUAUGCUAGAUUUGAAAUAUAGCAUGCAGCAUCUUUUGGCGCGCAUGCUCCAUAAGACCAACCCCAAGGCUUCCCUGAAGGCGGUCGACGGCAUGAUCCAGGAUGUGGAAGCAUACCGCCACGCUGCAUGGGAGUAUACCUUUCGCUUCCUCCGUGUGACAUUGUCGCUAUCUUCAUCGUCACACCAAGACUCUGUCCAAGCACUCCAACACUUGAACAAAAUUUCGGCCAUGGCUAGUCGCAAUGGAGACAAAGCUGUCGCUGCAAUGGCUGCCGUCAUCGAAGCCUUAGCGCAUUUGCAGCAAGGUACAGGAUCCGAUGCCAUCGAGCAAGCACAGCGUGCCGUGGCCGUUGCGCGUAGCCAUCAAUUAAAUGAUGAACUUCGACAUAUCCCGCAACUUGUCACCCUUACCCAGAUGGUUGAUAUCUGCUGCAGCCUGUUGGAGUAUGACGUGCCUCAGGCUUCUCAAAAACUGAAGGUCUUGCAAACCUUGGCCGAUGAAACGCUUAAUGACCCGAACUGGCGUGCCGAUGGGUCGUUCUCCAUUCCUCUGAAUGGAAAGUCUGCUGGUCCGUCUUCCAUUGACACGGGUGAUAUUCUUCAGGUGCAGAAUGGCAUGGUCCUGCUUAGCUUCAACUGGCUUCCCCAGCAUGAUCUCUAUGCACUCUCAUACUUCUUGAGCUCGAUCACGCUGAGUGCCAAGAACUCUUAUGAUGGUCGGAAAGCGGAGCAAUUCCUCGACGAGGGGCUUCGGAUGGUUCAAGGAGGCUUCACAACUCCACAAGAGAUUUCCGAGUCAAUGGUGAAUGCUACCAGACGUGUCGAAUGGCGCCGGUCCCUUUGCUGCAAUUUCCUUCUGCAGCGAGUCUUCCUAGCCUGUGCCCGAACCGACUGGGAACUGGCAACCCAUUCUCUGAAAGAGCUCCGGCAAUUCACCCAAGAGUGCGGUCCCAGCCUACCCAGAUCCAUCGAAUGCUUAAUGGAAUACGCCGCUGGUACCAUCGCCCAGGCCACUGGCGAUCUAGCACGAGCAUUGAACAUCUUCCAAUCUCCCUUGCUACUACUCUCACCAUCAGCUAGCAAGAUAGCACGUAACGACCCAUGCCGCGACACAUGUAUUCUCGCCGCACUCAACACUAUCCUCAUCAUCCGUGAUCCCUCUCACCCAGGCCAUUCCCAUCUCCCAACCAUCCAAGCUACCCUUGAACCCUUCUGCCAAAACGGACCAAACAAAUACAUCCAAGCAGCAUACUAUCUUGUCUGCGCCACCGUGCAGACAGAAUCCACCAUUCAGACCAAGCAAUUCCUCCAGCAUGCCCUGCAGUCUGCUACUACCAUCAGCAAUUCCCAAAUCACCUGCAUGACCCUUACAUUCAUGAGCUGGAAGUACUUCCGUGGCGUUGUCGGCGAACAAGCCGAGAAGAGUGUCCGAGCUGGUCGUGCCAUGGCGAAACGAGCCAAUGACCGUCUUUGGGCUAGUGUCACGGAUGAGAUGCUGGCUGAGACACUCGAGCGACACGGUAAAGGCGAUGAAGCUCUGAGUGUGAGGGAGGAGGGUCAGCGACUGAUCACGGGUCUCCCGCCUAGCUUGAAGCGUCCAGCUUGA